GAAGCCGGAAAGGAGCGAGUUAGCAUGAAGUCCCAACGAAUCAGGAUUCGCCGUACUGAAUUUGUGCUAUUGUUCGCCGCGUUUCGCGCAGUCGAAGGGCUAGAAAUCGCCACGCUCGGCAUACCAAAGGUCGUGGACUACAGGAAUGUCAGCUCCGUCGUCAAAGAACAAGGUGCUUGCGGGGCUUGUUGGGCUUUCGCGCCUCUCGAAGCCGUUGAGCUGCUGUCAACCUUGCAGGGGAGAGCUCCGAGCAGAGCAUCAUUCUCUGUCCAGCAUGUGAUCGACUGCUCGGAUAUAUCCUAUGGAUGCAGCGGCGGGGACAUAUGUGAUGCGGUAGACUAUCUUCAAACUUCGAAGUAUCAUUUCGUCGCUGAAGCUGCCUAUUUCCCGUACACUGAGGAUAAACUGGAAUGCCGGAAAGAGGUGAGUCAAUCAUGCCGCCGGAAGGCAAAAUACACCUCCGACAUCAGCAUCACCAGAUCUUGGUGUGAAAACUACGCUGGCAGAGAAGGAGAUCUUCUUAGGCUCGUUGCGAAAGGGCCAGUCAUCGCGACCGUUGAUGCCACUGUUUGGCGCGAUUACCUCGGGGGUAUCAUAAGAUUUAAUUGCGACGCGGGAGAGAAGAACCACGCAGUCGUAAUCGUGGGCUACGAUUUGACCAGCGAACCGCCCUUCUACAUCGUCAAAAACAGUUGGGGAAUGAGUUUCGGGGAUAAAGGAUACCUGUAUAUCGCAAUCGGUGCGAACCUGUGUGGUAUAGCAGAUAAAGUCUCCAGGGUAAGUAUCGAUUAG